GUUCUUCAGAAGCAGGGCUAGUUCAUCCUGGAGGACAGGAGCCAACUCCAGGGACAAGCAAAUCUCCUUUCUGAUAGGCAAGUGGCUGGACAGACUCUCAGGAAAACAUGGCUAAUUUUCUUUUGUUUUUUUACCUAGAACCAAGUCUGCAGGUGUGAACACCUCCAGCUCCAACAGCCCCUCACAGAUACCCAAGGCCUUCUGAGAAAACCCCCAUUCAGAACUUCUCAGCACCAAUAGUGGCCCCCACCUCCCUUGGUGCAAACCAAAAUCAAACCCACUGCCAGCAAAUGGAUUCUGACUCAUAGUAACCCUAUAGGGUUUCCAAGUGUCACAUCUUUCUUCCAUGGAGCAGCUGGUGGUUUUGAACCACCGACCUUUCAGUUAGCAGUUGAUUGUUUUAACCACUGCGCCCCCAGGGCUCCUUAAGGUGAUGAGAAAAUAGGCAGCCCUUAAUUCUCUGCUCCCUGGAAGCCCUUCCACCUGAGGCAGCUUCUUAGCUCUGGCCCCAGCUUAGCCCCGCUGUCCUAUCCCUGAUCUCCAGCGCCAAGUCGAGCACUCCAUCGGGACAGUGAACUUGGCUGCUAGGAAAGUUGUGGUGCUGGAGGGCUGGGGGAGGGGCAGAGAGCAAGGAACUCGGGCCCUUCUGGCUCGAGUUUACCUGGGCUUUCCUCCUGUCUCUACUUGGAAGCCUGUCAGCCCAGCAAGAAACGCGGGAGAACAAAAGCAAGCCCUGCUGAGCUACACGAGGGGACCGUCAGGAACGAAGUGCACACACGACCGUGGGGACGGGGUCCACAGGAAGCCAAGAGGGCGCAGUGCUCCCCUCUGACAGUCCCCUCUACCUUCGCUGGGAAGAUAUUUGACCCAGAUGGAUGACAACGGAAUUAACAAGGAGCUGAAGCAGAAAUUAAACUUCUCCUGUUGCGAAGCAGAGACCAAGGAGGAGCAGGAGAAAGCACGAGAGCCCCCAGAAGCCCAGAGCCAGAUCCCAGAGAAGUCUGACUUGCAGGCGGCAGAGGUGAAGCUUACUCCUCCCAGCACUCCCCUUCAGAACAUCCAUGGACUCAACACAGGUCAGGGGAAGGAUGGAGUGAGUCCAGAUCCAACGUUGGGGACUCCAGAUUCGAUGCUGAGGACUCCGGUGUUGAGCCCUCCCAGAUGUCCUGAAACUCCAGCCCCAGCAGAUAGGCACCCUCUCAGACAUCCCGGAACACCAGCUCCAGCAGACAGGAGAACUUCACUGCACUGUGGCAGCCCCUUCACGCCCAAGAGCCAGCUGAGCCCGACGGCGGUCUCUCCAGCAGGGAAGGUCUCCUCCCGGAGCUCCAAGCACCUGAGGCUGACGCCUGUGUCCUUCAUGGAUGAGACGACCUCAUUGGCUCUGGUCAAUGUCAAUCCCUUCACCCCAGAGUCCUACAGAAAGUUGUUCCUUCAAUCCAAUGGCAAGAGGAAAAUCAGAGGAGAGCCCGAGGAAGCGAGUCCACAGGAAGGCAUGGUAGAACAAGAGCUGCCUGCCAAGAGAUGUGUCCUACGAGAAAUCAACAUGACUUCCCGCUAUGAAAAGGAAUUCUUGGAGGUAGAAAAGAUUGGGGUUGGUGAGUUUGGUACCGUCUACAAGUGCAUUAAGAGGUUGGAUGGAUGUCUUUAUGCAAUAAAACGCUCAACAAGACCGUUUGCAGGAUUCUCAGACGAGGAUUCAGCUUUGCGUGAAGUUUAUGCUCACGCUGUGCUUGGGCAUCACCCCCAUGUGGUACGUUACUACUCUGCGUGGGCAGAGGAUGACCACAUGAUCAUUCAGAACGAGUACUGCAACGGUGGGAGCCUGCAGGCCACCAUAUCCGAAAACAAGAAGUCUGGCAAUCAUUUCCAAGAGCCCAAACUCAAGGAUAUCCUUCUGCAGAUUUCCCUGGGGCUGAAGUACAUCCACAGCUCUGGCGUGGUGCACCUGGACAUCAAACCUAGUAACAUCUUCAUUUGUCAUAAGAUGCAAAAUGACUCUCCUGUAGCCCCAGAUGAGAUUGAGAAUGAGACCGAUUGGUUUCUCUCUGCCAAUGUGAUGUAUAAAAUUGGUGACCUGGGCCAUGUGACAUCAAUAAGUAAACCCAGAGUGGAAGAGGGUGACAGCCGCUACCUGGCUAAAGAGAUUUUGCAAGAGGAUUAUCGGCACCUUCCCAAAGCGGAUGUAUUUGCUUUGGGAUUAACAAUUGCAGUGGCCGCAGGGGCUGAGUCGUUACCCGUCAAUGGCGUUGUCUGGCAUCAUAUCCGCCAGGGGAACCUUCCGGACAUUCCACAGACUCUCUCCGAAAACUUUUACAGUCUGCUCAAGACUAUGAUCCACCCUGAUGCUGAGAAGAGACCUUCUGCAGUGACUCUGGCCAGAAAUCAGGUCCUGUGUCCCUCCCUGGGGAGAACUGAAGAGCUCCAGCAGCAGCUGAACUUGGAAAAGGUCAAGACGGCCACACUGGAAAGGGAACUGAGAGAAGCCCAGCAGACCCAGUCCCCCAAGGAAGACACUCACCUUGGUGAUCCUGAGGACUCAGCUACCCACUCAGUAUCAAGAAGCACCAAACGCCUGGUGGGAGGAAAGAGCACAAGGUCUUCAAGCUUUACCUUUGGGAAAUCCUGAGGGGAUACAGUUUUAUUUUCCCUUUUCCCAUUCUCAUAAGAACUCAUUUCAUACCAGCCAUACUUCUACUCUACAGCUUCUAGAAAUCAGUGUUGACUAUCCCAAUCUGCCUCCGAUAAAAUGGAAACGUUAACCAACUUGAAUGCCCAAAGAUUUCAAAAGCCACUCCUGAUUAAUCAUUCCCAGCCAAGAUCCCCAGGCGAUCCUGGCUUCUUAUUAGCGGUCAUUCCCAAUACAAUCAUUGGUAGCCAUUUCUCUUCUCUGUUGCUAUAUUCCCAGUGGUACCUUUGAACGAUUUAUUCACUCUCACAUUUGUUGAUGAACAAAGGGAAAGCAAGGGCCUCAGAGCCGAUGGGAGAAAAGGAAGCAGCCCUUGGCAUGGCCUGUGGACCAAGAGGUUGCUGUUACCGGAUAGCCACCAAGGAUCCCAGGGACCCUCGCGGUACAUGGAAAGGAGUAAAACUUGGCUUUCAGUUGAGGUAACAGCUUGUAAGAAAAUGAGCUUGGAUUUCGGCAGUGCUGCUUGUGUUAUAUGAUGCUGCUCCAAAAAGAGAAUUCUCAGGUGCUUUGUAUACGAGGCUCUCCUAGGUAUUUUCUGGAUGGAGGCAGUCCCUCUCUCUGAUAUUGUAUUUAUUAAAUAAAUGACUUCACCAUUACAUUAGGCAGGUAGAAGUAAGACCAUAUAGAACUAGAACAUUUGUCUGCUGGCUGCUGACUUGUGGAACAAAAACACUCGGAGUAAAGGGCUCCAGGGAAAUUUGACUCAGCUGUUCUUCCCCAGUCUGUUUGCACCGAUCCUCUUGUGGCUGUUACGACAUUUUGAUUUUUCUGGGUGUCACCAAUUUCUCUUGGUCUUAGGAUCAGAAUUUGCCUUUGUUUCCUGUGAUUUUUUCCCACAUUUUAUUCAAAUCUGUUUCUCUGUAUAUAUUUUUAAAGGAAUAGAACAUUUUUAAAUAAAGUUUUUUAUGUUUUCCAAAGCCAGAUAUUGGUAAAGUACUCUUCUUCACAAUAUAGAGCUAACAAAGAAUGAGAAACUUGUGUUGGAAAAUGCCUCUUGAGUAUAUGGGUGAGAAAAUUCAGUAGGUUAGUAGUAAUAGGUCUUGGCUGCAAGGCCCAGCUUUGUAAGCGAAAAAGCCAAUAAUGGUCAGGCUCUGGUAUAAAAUAAUAUUGGUCAUAAACGUGUUUGCUAGCUUCUAUUUUAGUCACCCACCACCUGUCUGUCAGCUUGUCAUACUGUGGUGGCCUCCAUAUAGCUAUGAUGCUGGAAGUAAUGCCACCAGUAUCUCAUAUACCAGCAGGGUCACUUGUGGUGGACGGGUUUCAGCAGAGCUUUUUUUCUAGACUAGGACAGAUGAGGAAGAAAGGCUGGUGAUCUACUUCCAAAAAUUAGCCAGUGAAAAACCUACAGAUCACAACAGAACACUGACUUGCUUGCUUUGGACACGUCAUCAGGAGGGACCAGUAAUCGCUGGAGGAGGACAUCAUGUAUCGUGAGGUAGAACCGCGGUGAGAUGGAUUGGCCCGACAGCCGCAACAAUGGACUCAACCCAACAUGCCAGCGAUUGUGAAGAUGACGCAGGACUGGGCAACAUUUCAUUCUGUUGUACGUAAGGUCACCAUGAGUUGAAGAUGAUUCGGUGGCAGAUUAUCUGCCCACCCACCCAUCCACCCAUCCAUGUCAUGUUAAUGAUGGUAGCCAGUCCAUGGUAUGUAGGCUUUUUCUGCUGCCUUAUUUUCUUUCCACUUCACCUUUAAAAGCAAAUUAAGGAGUUUUUAUUGAAUAAAUCCUCACACUAUCCUUUGCUUUGUCCUGGAGUAG